CAUUCGGAAUCUCGGGCACUGCUCGAGGGCCCGGGGUCAGUUAGGGGCCCCAUGAGAUGCCCCUGGUACCUUUCAUAGGCUUUUUUGGGUGUGGUUUGAGUGUGGGCAAGGACACUGGGGCCCCAUGAUCCCCUAUUGCCCGGGGGCCCCAUUAGUUGUCAGUCCGCCCCUGAAUCCAAUUAUACAUUCAUACAUACCAUUUAAACCUGAUUAUAUGUUAUCAAUGCAAUCCAUAUCUACUGUAUACAUUACCAUUAUAAAAAUUGUUAAAAAACAUACA